CAAGCCAACCAUUUUGAACACAUUAAUGACACCUAGAAAUAGGAUAAAUUAAUGAAAAUAGUUUCUAUUCUUGUCUAUGAGGAAAGAAAUUAUUAGUCCAAUUUUAGUUUUAAUUUCCCUAAUUACUAGGUCCAAGAAUAUAUCCAUUUCUAAUUACUCAAUUCAUUGCCCUUAUUUGCAUCAAUCCAUUUAAGUUCAAUAUUCUAUUUUUUUCCUUUAGUCUAUUUUUGAGCCAUCAUUAGUAUUUGCACAAUUUAAUUUACUUUCUUUUCCAAAAAGUAGUUUAGAAAAUCAAUCAAAAGUUUUAAUUUGGAAAGCUUCCAAUAAUUUGCGAUAACCUGUGACUGGACUUGAAAUCAAGAAGCUCCUCCGCCAUUCCUCGAGAGACACGAUACUCGGGGAAAAACCGAAAGGUUAGACUCCGUUUUACUACAACGCCGCGAAAGCGGUUAUCAAAUGGCGCCGUUGCCGGGGAAUGGCACGAUGAUUUCUUGAUUUUGAUUUUAGCAUGGGCGAAUUCAAGUUAGGGAGACUUUCUUUUUCCUUUUUGUUCUGUUCUCAUGUGUUUGCUUGAGAUUUCCUCAUGGAUUACUCAAGUGAACGCUUUCAUUCUCAACCACCAUAUCACUAUCCAUACUAUGAACAACAAUGUUUUCAAAAUAAUCAAAAUGAAGGAUACUAUGGACAAGGUUAUGAGGAUAACAAUCAAUGGUGCGAAAAUCCACCUUUGGGAUAUGGAGAUUACCAAUUUCAAGAUAAUUAUUUCCACCAAGGGCAAGACUUUGAAGGUUGUGAUGAUUUCGCCUAUCAAGGUAAUUAUCAUGAUGAUUUUAAUUAUCAUGAAAAUUACCAUGAAAGGAUAGAAAAUCAUUACACCAGCACAAACGAGUACUCCUUCGAAAAUGACUCUGGAAUUUCAGCUUAUCCUCAACACGAGCUCGAAGAAUUAAAAUCAUCCUUACUCGAUUUUGUGGAAGACUUAAGAAAGACAAGGAUUGAACUAGCAUCUCAUGAUGAGAGUAUCAAGGAAUUGUUUGAAAAAAUCAUUUAUGACAAUGACCACAAAGUUCAACAGGAGACAUACGAGGAAGGUGCUAAAUCUAAGGAGGAGACUGCGGUAACCAUGGGCGAGAUGGUUGAAACUCUUCUCACCCCUAUUUCUUUUAAGCCUCUCAUUGCUACUGAGAGAGAGCCUAUCCUCGCAGAACUUAGUCCUGAAGAGCCCCAUAUGAAAGUGCCCAAUGAGGUUGAUGAAGAAAUCAUGGAUGAUGAGAUACUUUGUGAUGAGGAACCUACCUUAUCAUCUAUGGAUGACCUCUCACUUAAAGAGUCCCUGAAGAAUAGCCUUGAUGAAGAUUUCGAUCCUACACGAGCCCAAACGCUUGUUGAAGUAAUUGAUGAAACUUGUGAUAUGGAGGAAACAAUGUCCGAUGAUGCCUUCUUUGAUUCUCUACUUGAUCAUGAUGAGCAUAGUUGUGCUAGGCAAGGAUCUGUUUGCCUGGAUGAUAUUUGUGGAGGUAGUGAGUUAGGAAGUUGGGAUGCACUCUUAGAAAGUGACACAGAGUCAAAACCUUGUGAUUUUCAUGCUGAGGGCAUAAAUGAAGAAGAGAAAACCCAUCAAGAGGAGUAUGGAAUCUCUAUUCUAGCUACUAUUACCUUGAAGGCUUUCUAUGAGUGGUUGGAGACACCAGAGGCACCUGAUCUUGAAAUACUUGUUGAUUAUACUAAUGAGAGUCAUGCAGGAUAUGUGCUAAUUCCUUGUUCGAACGAUGUGUUCUUUGAAGAUUAUACCACAUUUUGGUGGUUACGAGAGUUCAAGGGUCUACGCCAUCUGACGGCAUACCUGGAGGAUAAGGUGGAGGCACUAAUGAUGAGUGCACCAUCACUGACAUGCAUAACUGAGAGUUCUCUCGCAAACGUCAAGCUAGUGACGUUAAAGAAGCGCUUCUUGGGAGGCAACCCAUGUUUUUCAUAACUUUGUUUGUUUGUUUUGUGUGUUUGCAGGUUGUGCUUCAAUAAAUUAAUUGUGAGUUGAACGCUUUGACCCGAUUUCGAAACAAAACUAACUAUGGAUGAUGUAAGGAAUUUUUUCCUUGUUUUCAUCGUUCCUCUUCACAAAAUCUUUUCAAAACUCAAGUGUGAGGAAAGAACAAAAAAAAUGCCUUUAUUUCUAAACUUUGUGCCUUAAAAAUGCCUUUAACGCCGUUGCCUUAAAAAGACCGUUGCGUUUUACACUCAAAAGCUAAAACCUUAUUUUAGAACAAUCUUUUUACUAUUUUUUAUAUGAAACAUUAAUUUCUCAAUUUGUUAUCAAUCACAUAAUAGCUUAGAUAAUCUCCCCUAUUAUAAGAAUUUACUUUUAUUAAUAUUUUUAGAAAACUUGAAUUUGUUAUGGGUUUUUGGUUGUGAAUGUAAAGGGCUGAAUUUGUUUUAAUUGGACAUUCAUUUUAUUCAUUAAAACAAAAUGCUAGUAUUAAUAAAACUCCAAAACUCAUUGUUAUAGGACAAUUCCAUCUCCGAAAAGGGGCUCUGCUUCAUUCGUUAAUCAUAGUCUGUGAGAAUGAAGUAUACAUUUACCAUGGGAUAACACCGCCAACAUGAGUAGAAAGGAGACAAAAAAAACAUGGUGAACAAGAUGUAUGUCCAAUUUAGAAUAAUGAAAACCUUGGGAUAAGGAAUUGAUUGGUGGUUUAACAUAAUCCCUAGUUUUUCUUUAGUAAUAAUAAUUUUAAAUUCUUAUAUUUUUGGGUGAUUUUUCUAAAAUGUUAAAAAAAUUGAGAAUAAAAUAAGAGGUUUUUGUUUGUACAUCUUUAAUAGCAACUCGAUUGUAAUAUAGUCAGGUUUUACCCUUCUGAGUGUGUUUCCAACCAAUUUGUCGCUUGAGGACAAGCAACGCUUAAGUGUGAGGAGAUUGAUAAGUCCAUUUUUGUACUUAUUUUUCUUAUCAAAAUUAAGCGAUUUUUGAUUGAAAAUAGAACGAAAAGGCAUUUUUUAGAUAUUGUGGUUCAAUUUUCAUGAAAUCAGGUAAAAAUCACAUUCAUAACAUGUUUUGCGAAAUUUCGGGUCAAUUACAUGAAGAAAGUGGCACUUUUUGCCAACAAAUGAAUUGCUACGGAAGUUUGCAAGAUAUAUUGACCAAUUGUUCAAUGAAAAGAGUCCAAGUGAUGAACAAAUCAUGCAAGGAAGUUCAAAACCACGAAGGAGUCACAUAUAUGGCUACUUUUGAUGAAAAUGGACGAUGCAUAGAGACACAUGUUCGUGUUGUAAUCAUAACUUUGCGCAUAAUUGUCCAACGUUCGUGAUACGAGUUUCAUUACAUUGAUAUCUUCCUGAUCUACAACUCUUAUGAAGAACACAGAGCCAAAUAACCACCUUAGAGUGGACAUAUUGCUCAAAGAAGUCAGACAUUUGCAGUUGCGAUGGAAAGUGACAUGUGGUCACCGUUUUGACCAUAUCUCAUAAACUACAAAUCCAAUGAAUGCGAUUCAAAUUCCAGUAGUUAGCCAAGAAAGAGAGCUACAACUUUGGUAAAGACAACUUUUCAAUUUGACGUAAGGAGGUCGAGCAGGCGGCCGCCUUUCUGGGCGCCUACGAGUUUUUGACAGUUUCAGCACUUAACACUUUGCAUGGCGACAAAAUGAUGGAAGGCUGCCGACGGGGGCCGGAGGGCGGCCGCCCUCUGUGGCCGCCUGCGGCGGGAUGUGAUUUACGAGCUGCCGGUAGCUGAGACAAGACGGGAGGCGGCCAAGGAGGGCGGCCGCCUACCGUGGACGCCUGCGGCAGAAUCGACCCAUGCACGAAGCUUUGUCGGAGAAGUGACCGAAGGCUGCCGGCCAUGGCCGGAGGGCGGCCGCCUUCUUGGCCGCCUUCCAAAAAUCUUCGGCUAUAAAAGCCCUCUUCCAUCCCCAACUCAAAACCACCAAUUUCAAGCCCAAAUCAGAUCAAAAAGGGCGUCUUCUUCCUCCUCAAAGCUCGGAUUUUCACCAUUGUUGCACCUUCAACUUCAAUCUUUCAUAUCUUUCUCAUUUUAGCUCCAAAUUGUGAGUUCUUUAUAUGUAUUUUCAUCCUUUCAAUGAGUAGAAUCUGAAUCUGUACUUAUUUUUUUCUAUCUGUGCUUCUAAAAUUUCCAGAAAAUUAUUC